AUGGACAAAGUUGGACAAGCUUCGAAUUCUGUUACUUCGCCAUUUAUUCCAGCGACACAGGUAUUUAUUCAAAAAAAAAUAAAGUUUUGCGACAAAAAAAAUUCGGAAAAAAAUGUUUAACAGGGCAAAAAGUGGUUCUGUUUUUGUAUGUUAAAAAUUCGAAUUGAUAAGAAUUGUUUUCAAAUAUGGGAAAACGUUUGUUUUGUUUUGUUCUAAAGAAUAGUCUAGAAUAAAAAACAAAGCGUUUUUUUACAUCAGCGAAAAAUUAUCAGAAAUUACCAAUUUAUCAAAUUAUUUUUAGAUUUGUUUUUCAUUUUUCAGAAAAAAUGAUAUAAAUUAUAUUUUGGAUAGAUCGUAGUGUAGUGCAAAUGGUUUACCAAUAAUAUUGGUUUGCCGUGUAAAAGCAUAUUAAAGGUUCAGUCUAACAUGAAAAAAAUUAGACUGACUUGAAAAAUUAUGAGCUAAUUAGUUUCUCAAUUUAGAAUUGUUUGAGAAGCAUAAAGUUUCAUUAUUUUUUGGAAUCGAUACAGAUUCUUUAUGAAACUUCGGAAGUCUUACAUUAAAUUUUCAAACAUAUAUGAUUUUUUCCCUGUAAAAAUGUAUUAUCUUCAAUUCACAAAUGCUGUCUUGGAGUUCAGAGCAUUUUCAGUGAAAUCAAAGCACACAUCGUUUUUAUGCAUGACGUUUCUGAUUCAACAAAAAUUAUUUCGCAAUUCCAAUUUUCUAAAAAAUUAAUUAGUGUACUAAUUUACUUUAUCCUCUCGAAAAUGUGCAAAUAAUUUUUCAAAUAAGAAUUUUGAAGCAAAUUCAAGUUCAAAAUCGAAACUCUUUUACGUCACAUCCUCUCCGGAAAUAAGAAGUAAGUUGGAAAUUUUUGAAAAAAAAAAUCACGUGAGAAGAUAUCCACAUAAAUCGAUAAAAUUUGGAAAACAAUAAAAUAAAAUUCCCUUUUCAUGAAAACAAAUUGGAUAAAAAAUCUGAAGAACACUUGAAAAUAAAUGCGUGACGUAAUUUUUCCAGGGUCGCUAUUUGACUGUUCCCAGUCUUCUUGAGAUUCCACGUCCGCCGGUCAAUCGUCGUCCAACUACAACUAGCAUCUGGUAAAUCUACUACGCUUUUAUAUAAUCGUAACAUAGUUUUUUAGUCUCAAGAUCUGCACUUGCUGUGGAAUUAUUUUCCUUCUAACAGUUUUCAUCGUCUUUGGCUAUGCUGUUUUCAUUUCGAAACCUUCAUACACCACUCGACGUUCAGCUGCAGAACCAAUUUGA